UACGAAGAAGAAGAAGAGAGCCCAACACUCUUGCUUCGCUGACCCACUGCCGCUGGGUCUGUUGCUGCUCGUGUCGACCGUAUUGUCUGAACAGCGCACUGAAAUAUCAUGGACGGCAGAGGCUACGGUUCUGGUUACUCCAGUUGGGGAGGUGGAGGGUCAGGAAGCAGAGGCUCCGGUGGCUUUGACCUGUAUGGCGGAGGUUAUAAGGACUCAAUGUCUGGGCUUGGGGGCUAUGGAGGAGGAGGCAGCGGCAGCGGUGGUGGAGGUGGAGGAGGAGGCGGCGGCGGCGGCGGCCACAUGAAGAGAGGUCUCUCGGGAGCAUCCCUGCUUUCAUCCACAGGCACACAUGCAGAUGCAGUCAUUGCCAAGAUUAACCAGCGCCUGGACAUGCUCACUCAGUUGGAAGGGGGGUUGAAAGGGACUCGGGGUGACAGGUUUGACCAGUACGAGUCAUUCGACUCGCGCACCUCUGCUCUCACCUCCUCCCGAGAUCUCUACAGAUCUGGCGGCGGUAGCUAUGGUUAUGGUGAUGGCCGUGGGGACAAUCUGCUCAUGGGUCAGCGAGGAGGCUCGGGCUUCGGAGGGGGAAUGGGGCUUGGGGGAGGAGGAGGCUUUGACAGCCCCUCCUCUUCCUAUGGAGUCGCUAAAAUGCGACAGAAUAUGAGGGAGCCCUUCACCAGUGGCCAGGGAGGAGGUUCUGGAGGUGGAGGAUGGGCUGGAGCAGGCCGACGUUCCCCCAGAAGGGGUGGAAGUGCCGGGGGUCGAGGAGCUGGAGGAGGGUUUGGAAGCCGCAGGUCUGAUCCCAUACCAUUAGGUGGUGGGAGGGGAAGUGGUAGUGGUGGCCAGUCCCACCACGGCCACUCUCCAGGAGGUGGUAGAGGCAAGCUCCCAUCCCUCCUGUCCAACCGCAUGUACCCUGAGAGUGGGGGCUUCCAUCAGGGUUCCACCCAAGGGCCUCACGACUUUCCUGGGAGGCAUUUUGGAGGUGGCCCACGGGCUGGCCGCCAGCGAGGCCGCAAGAGACCCCUCAACAAACAGGUGAAGCCACAGCGUGAUGUCCAGAAGAAGAGAAAACAGACACCUACUGCAGCCGAUGAGCCAGAGUCGAAGAUAAACAAGACGGAGAGUGCAGGGUCAGAGGCUACCCAAGAACAAACUGAGAAAAAUGGCGACGACAGUGAACCAAAGGCUGCAGCUGAGGAGACAAAACCUGCUGAAGACGGAGAUACAGCUGCACUCAAACAGGAGGAGAAGAAAAAGCCACUGGGCAAGCAGAGCCCAGCCCAAGUUCAGGACAAACAUCCAAAAAUGAGAAAGAGAAGGGGCUUCCUCGAAAGGGUGAUGUUUGCAUGCUCUGUGUGCAAGUUCCGUUCGUUCUACAAGGAGGAGAUGGAAACCCAUCUUGAAAGUCGCUUCCACAAAGACCACUUUAAGUUCCUUUCCAGCCAACUGUCCAAGCCCACUACAGACUUCCUCCAGGAGUAUUUGCAGAACAAGUUUAAGAAGACAGAGCAGAGGGUCGGCCAGUUGGAAAACCACAGUGCUGCAAUCUGCCAGGUGUACAAAGAGCAGGACCUCACCAGGGAUCUUGGGAUGGAGCACUUCAUGCGCAAGGUGGAAGCUGCUCACUGUGCAGCAUGUGACCUCUUCAUUCCCAUGCAGCCCCACCUGAUACAGAAACACGUAAAGUCUCCUGACCACAACUACAACCGUAAGGGUAUGAUGGAGCAGUCCAAGAGGGCCAGUCUGUCAGUUGCUCGUAGCAUCCUUAAUCACAAACUCAUUGGCAAGAAGCUGGAGAGUUACCUCAAGGGUGAAAACCCGUUCAUCGGUAACCAGGAUGACCAGGAUCCAGAGGACUCUAUGGUGAUGGACGUGUCAGAGAUGGAGUUAACCGGCGAGAUAGCAGACGGUCAGACAGAGGCAGCACCGGUCAAAGAUGAGCUGGUGGCAGAAGGAGACACGGGCCAAGAGGCGGUUCAGGGUGAAGCUGCAGCAGCGGAAGAGGAAAAGAUGGAGGAGGAGCUAGGAAUGGGGGGAGAGGAGGAGCAGGGGAACCAGGAAGAGGAGGAAGGUUUUGAGGUUGGAGAGGAGGAGGAGGGUUACGUGGUGCAUGAUGAGAUUGGUGAAGAAGGAUUACAGGGUGACCUGGAAGGAGAGGAGGAGGAUGAAGGAGUGGAGGCAGCAGAAGCUGAGGAGGAAGACAAGACUCAUGAAUGACUUUUGCACCCUGGGUGUGACUUCUCAACCUAAACAUCUGUCUGGACCAGUGACCCCCACUGUCCCUUUCAAUCCCAAUACAUUGUCAGGAUUAUGAAGAAUUAUACAUACAUGCUCCCACCAUUUUUCACUAUCUAAUGACUGAGCUUAUAUAAUGGUUUUUUUGUUGUUGUUAUUGUUUAAGGAACAGGUCCACAUUUUGGGAAAUAUUUUUAUUCACUUUCUUGCUGAGAGUUAAUAAGAUUAGUUACGCUACGUAGCUGUCUUAAGUAUGUCAACCAGCUGUCUUUAGAGGUGUGGGUAGACUUUUUGCCUGCGCUCACUCCAAAAUUAUCACAGACACGAGUUAUAUCAAUCUUCUCAUUUAAUACCGGCAAAGAAAGCCAAUAAGUAUUUCGAAAAAUAUCAGACUAUUCCUCUGAAUACUUUUUUUUGUGCCUUUUGUUAAAAAUAUUCUUAACUUAGAGUCAGUUCUUUAGGAUUUGUUAAGAAGUCAUAAGUAUUGUAAAGUUGUGAUGUCUUUUUUUUUUUUUUUCCUUAUCAGAGUUGACACAACGCCAUAGCAUUCUGUCUAUUGCCUGUAGUCAUGAUGAAUGGAUUAUUUUUUUCCCCCAACGCUGCUGUGACUGAGAUACUGGACUGUGGAUUGUCUGUAGAAUAUGUAUAUGGGUAAGUAUGGGAUAUUCAGAGUGAAUGUCUGUCAUGUCAUCAACAGUUUUGUUUCACUCUUAAGAAAUAAAGUUG